UUGAUGUGAUGAUGUGAGUGUUGUGUCAACUUUGCAGGAGAGUUUGCAUAAAAUUCUUCCAAAAUUUUGAAAUUUUCGGACUCAAGAUGAGUUUAUCUGUUGUGUAAAUUAUAAAUCGACUCAAAACACAAUAAAUUGAAAUUUCAAGCUGUAGUUUAAUUUAAUAAGUGAAAUUUAUUUUGGUAAUAUGUCUCUAGAACCCUCGGCUUGUGAAGACUUGAAGGCCUUUGAAAGACGCCUCACGGAAGUUAUAGCAGCAUUACAGCCCUCUACAUUGCGAUGGAGAAGUAUAAAGCUCGUUCUACUAUGCACCAUGUCGCUGAUUACGUUCGUCGGCGCGUUCUACUGGUUGACUGAUCCUCGUACCUCGAUUGUUCCGUUGAUGGACUCGCUUUGGAAUCAUCCCGUGUUCACAUUCUCUACUGCAAUCCUUCUCCUACUUUUUGUAUUUGGCAUCCACAAGCUAGUGAUGGCUCCGCAAAUCAUCACAUCACGAACUCGAAGCGUUUUGGCGGAGUUUAACAUGUCCUGCGACGAAACCGGCAAACUAAUCCUGCGCCCUCGACCAACGAACAAUUCGCGAUAUACCAACGGUAGCGGUGGCUCCGCCCGUAGCCCGAAGAAGACAAAGCGAUAGCGCGUGGGUUGGCCAAGUCCUGUCAAGGCAUGUGUGACUAUAGACGCGGAGGAAGCAGGGUUGAUACAAACGCCAAAUGACACAAACGAUGCUCUUUUUUAUUCUCCUGUCAGUAAGGGAGCCCUAUUGUAAAUAGUUCAUCGGAAAUAGUUUUACUUGUAUUGCUCAUCGUUUUGCGGGUUGAGAUAAACUUUAAUAUUAACAAUUGAAGAUUUUGAUUUUCGUGUUUUAUAAAAUGUAGUUGGUUUUGGAGGAUUGUGGAAAAUAAAGACUUUUGUUGAAAAAAGUUAA